AUGGAGCUAAAACAAAAAAUAAGAAAGAUAAGAGUGCUGGGCACAACUAUACUGUUUUGCUUGCUAAAAGCAGGGUGUAUAGUGCAGCUGAAUGACAUAAAGACAGUGCAUGAGUACUGGACCACUAAGAUCUAUUAUAUCGAAGAAGAAGUGAAUAUACGCAGUAACUUCUUUAAAAAAAUCUACCCUCUUGAUUCCAGCAUGCUGUCUUUGGAGGCUGGCGAUCCUCUAGACCUAAAGAAGGAGAUACGGAUAGGAAAUAAGAACCUAUCCAAGAUAAAGAGUGCGCUAAAACAGCUUAAGAAAUGCACAGAUACAAUAGUAAAAAUAGUAGAUUCGUUAGUGCCAGUCAUUGCUGAUGACAAGUUAAAUAGCGUUAAAAAUAGCAAAUAUCUGUCGAAGAUUAAAGAUAAACUGGUUAAACUAGAUAGAGUGCUUCUGGAAGCCUUUAAGAGCAACACUUUGCUAAUUGAAGAAAUAAACAGGUUCGAUGCGCACAUGGUAGGAGUAAUAGAAGAGUACAUUAAAAAAAAGUGCAAAAGUGAUAGAAUGUCCAAGCUGUUCCUUUUUAGACUGGCAAAGAAUAAAAAGAUUAUGCCUGCCAGUAUAAUCCUCUCUUUGUUUAACACAGACCUAUUUCUGAAAGAGAAAAUUUAUUUCUGUGGGGUUAAAAAUGAGGAUGGCACUAGAAUUAAAAUAUACUCCUUUCAUAAAAACAGCAUAGCCAACUACGUAUCAUAUAUGCGAAAGAAUGUACCAGAGCACAGGCAAUAUCUACUGGAACUAGCUGAUACAUGCAAUUUUUCAACAUAUCACAGACUGCAUAGAUCUAAAAACAAUAGAGAUAUAAUGAAUAUAUAUCUAAAUCUAGUGGAAACAGACCAAUUAGACAUCGAGAUAGGGCAGUAUAUAGAUAUUGCGCCCGUGCAGAUUAUGAAAAUAAUAAUGAUAGAACAUCUACUGGAAGGCUGUCUUUUAAAUUGCAAAAACAACGCUCUGUUCUUUAAAGUAGGAAGAAUAAUAGAGAGAAUAUUUAUAAAAAAGUGUGAGAUUGACACGGAUAUCAUUAGAAGUGCUGUGGUUGCAAGAGAAAAACAGAACAAAAUACUCAGCCUCUAUCUGUUCUUUGGGAAAGCUACGAUUAUGACACACCAAAUGCUUGUACAGAACUUGAAAACUUUUGUGAAGAGAACGAUAUUACUCUUUCAAGAAUAA